AUGGGUCACGGUCGAAGCGACAGUCCACACCUCCCGGGCUCCGCACAGCAGCAUCAGGAUGAUGCAAAGUCAGGUAUUGCAAUUGUUAUCUCCUCAAGCAUCUCCAAGGGGCUGUUGAAUCUCACCUUAGACAGCGACAGCGCCUCAAGGCACCGGUUGUCAGAUCAUCUUUGCGAGCUCGACAGAUUACCACAUGCUAGAGUGGCCCGGGCUGAUGCAUGCGCUGCCAAAGCAGGGGUGAAUGCCAUCUCCGAUGUAUCGUCACUUGAGAACGGUGCACAAGGGGUGACUUCUAUCCUCAUCGUACCGGGCGCGAUUGCAGGAACUGAGGGCACGGAUCGGCUGGUAGCUAUCUACGCGCGGAAAGAAUCCUGGAGAAACAUCCCUCAACAACGCUUUGGUCUUGUCAGGGAAAUCGCAGACGCCACGGUGUUUCUGUUUGGUGACACGGCCCAAUUUAUCAAUGGCAUCUGCCUUGAUGUUGAUGGCCGAACAUGGCGACUCAAGGCGGGUGGACAGUUUGGUCAGAACUUAGCCCGAGUCUGUACGUCCGGGCGAGAGGCUGGGUCGUAA